AUGAAGCACCAGCCGUUGUACUUUGGCUCCUUGGACGCCCGAACCAUACAGUACAAGUAUGCAAUUUACAAACUUGAACGAUUGAUCAGAGCCAUCGAUGAGCUUCUUCUCAAAUCCGACUCCACCACAGAAAGCGUGGUUUUGGUUCAAUACAUAGUCCACCUUUCCAGCACCUUGUUUGCCAUCAAUGAGCAGAAAUUCGGACCCCGCCUUGCUGCUCUCGAGAACUUCAAGCCUGUGAAGCUUUCUCCGGUUUCUGUAUCUCCGGUGGUGACCCAUGUUCCCUACGACUUGAAAGACCUGGAGGUGACUCCGUUGUCUGAGGUGCCUCUGAGAGAAACCACCAUUGAGGCGGUCACGGCGUUGCGGAAAACGGCCGAAAACUGUCUAGAAGGAUACCAAAAACGCCUUUCCAACGCAGAAAGGGAGAUUGGCAACGACAACUUCUGCACAGACAUCGACAACUUGAUAGCGUCCAUGUUCCAUCCACCAGCCGAUAUUGACGUGUCGCUCCAUGCGGAGGACUCCCUGAUCCCCGCUUUUCUUUUCCCCAUAGACCAGGAGUACCUGGAGAGCCCCGAUGGCAUGGAGGCCCUGCUUAUAGAUAUAGACCUCCAUGCGCUUUUCGUGCUAACACGGCUGGUUCUGCAAGUGGUCCGCAACCACAGAGCGCCAUUGGCCAAAUUCAAGGAGUUGAAGGCGGCGCCCAAGCAGAACCAAAGGGCCCUUCUUGAGGCCAUGCCCCAAUCUGGUUAUGCCCUCCAUAGAGUGCUUGUUUGGGCGCUUAGACUCAACGACUUAUACACCGUGGUGCGCCGCUUUGGCCGCCAGAUAUACCUUUCGAACUACCACCAUUUGCACGAUCCCAAGUUUUUGACGCACAUGUCGAAUGUGACGGUUUUCAAGACUCAGACGCUCAAGACGAUCGAGGACUUGUUCAACACAGCGAAGAAAAAUGGUGUGCUCGUGGCCACGAUCACGCGGUUUAUCCGUUUGAGCAGCAGAGUGGAGAUCUCCGUCAAGUACAUCGUGGAGUUCUUUGGUUUCAUUGGACAGAGCUUUGUCUUGGUGGAAAACCUCGCAAAGGCGCUCGAGCAGCUCGGUAAGGCCUGGAUUGCAGCAGAAAUAAGCUUCAGAAACGCCUACAGCUUGCCCAGCAAGAACCUUUUGAAGAUCAACGAAAUCAACGAAAAGGAGAGACUUGAGGCGGUGAAGAAACAGAACGAAAAGAAGCUUAAAGAUCUCGCCUUGCAAAAAGAAAAAGCUAAGGCCGCCGCUUUGGCUUCACCUCCACAGAAGCAGAGGGCCACAGAAAGAAUGAAGUUGCUCCUGCCUCCAGGCGAAAAGGACACUAUCGAGCCGCCCCUGCCUCUGUCUCUGCCUAGGUCUCUGCCACCUCCAAAAGACAAAAAACCUUUUCAGACCCCGGCUCCAAGAACGUCGUCUCUCACAAACGAGAGCAUCGGCAAUGUCAGGACCAGAAACGGGUCCAUCACGAGACGCCCCAACAGCCAAAUUUUCCUCACCCUGGAUUCCGCCUCCAUCAGCUCUGCCGAAGUGCCGCCAAGAGCCGAAGCCGUUGAUAAGCGUGCGGCUGUGAACACCACCGCGGGCAGAAGAAGAUCCAACUCGCUGCCGAUCUCCUUUAAUGCCGCUGCUGCUGCUUUGAAUCCUGCUGAAAAGAAGGCAAACGGGUUGAGGUCUCCUACGGGCAGCAUUCGUCGUUCUCCAAGUAUCACGAGAUCUAACAACACACCCGAUGUAACUUCGCCGCUCGCUAACAAAACCGUCCAGCUUACUCCGCUCGAAGAAGAUGCAGAGCCGGUCUCUGCGCCAAAGUUGACGGCCAACCAAAAAUUCGCUCUCCAUCUCAAGGAGGCCAGCAAAAGCGGUCGUAUCCUAUCUCAGCAGAGAGAAACAUUCACUAGUGUCGUUUUUGAUCCUAACAAUCCCAGCGCCACCAAGAUCCACAGAGCCCCUGAGGCCCCUAAAAACCCACCGCCCGUUAUAGAGGAACCUAUUGUGAAGAAAGGUCCUCCCACUAGAGCUCAGAUCACCAAGCUGAACACACAAAGAAACAGCGUUGUUUUCAACGACGAAGUCAAGCCUCGUCUCAGUGCCGAAUCUGCCUCGUCAACGCCCAACACUGUACUUUCAGAUACACCCACGAAAGACUCCACUUCCAGCGUUGAAGGCGUCAUUAUCAAGAAAGUACGCUUUAUUGGCGUUCCUGAGUACACUCCAGAGGAAGACGCACCAACUCGCAACGCUCGUGGCCUCAUGAAAAACUUUGCUAUUUUCAAGCAGCCGCUCAUGUCAAACCGCUACACCGGCCUGUUCAAGUCCCGUGACAAUGUUUUGAAAAAAGAGGAAAGCAUCCUGUUCAGACAGCAGCAGGCCAGUCCAAGGUAG